CCCCGGCUGCACGCACUGCUCCUGUCUGCUGCCCGAGGCACGCUGCUCAGCUCUGCGCUGCUGGCAGCUGCUGUGACCAGUGACUACUGGUACCUCCUGGAGGUGGCGGACCCCGGCAACCGCCAUGGGCAGCUCUCCUCCCACUCGGGGCUCUGGCGCAUCUGCGAAGGUAUACCCGCUCUGCAUCCCCUCACUGACCCCUUUGCCAGCGAGAGCCAGGACGCCGCCGCCUCCUCGGGGCAGCCCCUCCUCUCAUUGCACCAAGCCAUCAUGGUGGUCCUGCCCUCAGCUGUCCCCAUCGUGUGCAGCUGGAUCUGCGGCCUCCUUGGCUCCCUGGCCCAGCAUGUCCCUCUGCUGCUCUUCACUGGCUGCUACUUCUUGCUAGGGGGUGAGCGCCCUGACCUUGGCGGGCUCAGCAUCUACAUCAGCUACUCGCAGCUGGCCUUCGCCCAGACCGCCCGCCAGAACGGCCCCCGGCACGUGCAGGAUGUCCGCAGCAGCUUCAGCUGGUCUGUGGCCCUGGCCUGGGGCUCCUGUGCCUCAGAGGCACUCAGUGGCGCCCUCCUGCUCACAGUGGCCCGAGCCCUCAACCUGAGCCAGCGGCCGGGUGCCCUCCAGGUCCCAGGCGGGAGGGUAGGGGGAGAGGGCCUCUGUUUCCCUUUUUGCAUCUCCUGGGAUUGGGUGGCUGGAGCCUGGCCCUGGAGAGGCCCCAGGAAGGAGGCUGAGGGCACCCCCACCCCACCCCCUGCCCUUCUGGAGGCCUGGCUGGGAGGGGGGCCCUGGGCUGAGCAGAGGGUGGGGGCAGAGCUGGAAAUCCAGGUUCCUCUUGCUUAGCAAAGCCAGGUGUUUGGGGGGCUCCCCUGCCCCGUGUGCUUUUAGGGACUAAGCAGUUUAGCCUCCCCUUAGAGGUGAGAAAGUGAGUCUGGGGAGAGGAAGCUGAGAUGGUUAGUGGGGUGCCG